AGGGAAGCCACAGAGACGGUGAAGUGAGAGAAAGAAGAGAGAGGAACUGCGUAGCUCGGGAAGAAGAAAGUCAAGAGAAAGCUAAAAAAUCCAAGAGCAAGCUGUUGGUAUUCCCCCAAAAUGGCGUUUUAUGUGGACGAAGAAGAGGUUUGGAAAUGCGCAAAGCACCCCUCCAAACGUCGUCGCAGCGGGAUUUGCCACGUUUGCCUCCGCGAGCGCCUCUCCAUCCUCUGCCCCGACUGCGCUAACGUCCGGCCCUGCUCUUGCCGCGCUACUGCUGCGACGACUUCGUCUUCUUCGUCCUCGUCUUCGUCCGUCUCUCGCUUCUCGACUUCAGACGGCGGAGUCGGAGCCGUCGGUCGCGUCUCCAAUCUAAUAGAGAGUGAGCCAGCCUUUCGCCGCUCCAGAUCGCUCGCGAUUCCCUUCCUCCGGUCCAGCUCCCGGUUCGUCGGGAACGAGAGCGAACUGAAAGAACCAGCGUCGGUGGGCGGUAAGAGCAGAGCUUCGUCGUUUUGGUCGGUGUUCAGAUCGCAGAAGAACAAGAAGGUGGAAGUGGACGAAGGAAAUGCGAAGAGGCAGGACGAAGUGGCCGUGGAAGAAGAAGAAGGAGAGGACGUGAGGGCGAGGAGGACGAUGAUGAUGAGGUCGAGAUCCGUGGCCGUAUCGGUGACGUCAGAUUCAGGAAUAGGGCUCGGUGGACGAGAGAGCAGAGGGAAGGGUCGGAGUUGGUAUUUUCCGAGUCCGAUUAAGGCUUUUCGGCAGUCAAAGAUCGCCAAGGUGGUUCAGGAACGGUCUCCUUUGUACAGAGGUUGAUUUUUGCCGAAAUAAUUAAAAAAACAUAAUAAUAUUAUUAUUAUUAUACAUGAUCUCAUCAUGUUUAUGAAAUAACAGCGAAGAAAGAAAGAAUGAAAAAUAGACUAAUAUUAUUUUUUUCGUAGUUUUUGGAAAAAAAAUUGUAAUAGCUCAUCUUUGAGUUGCAACCUCUGAUUUUUGAAGAUAUAGAACAUGAAAAUCUCAGUGAGUGAUUUGGGUAUGCA